UCUUCCUUGUCUCUACAGCUGCUGAAGAGUCUGAAGAGGCUGUCUGAGUUGCCCAUCACAGUUGACGUUCUUGUGGAGACGGGUGUUGGGAAGACUGUGAACAGUUUACGGAAACACGAGCUGGUAGGAGACUUCGCAAAGAAUCUUGUAGCCAGGUGGAAGAAGCUGGUGCCAGUGUCCCAAGAUGCAGCCAGAAAUAACCUAGAUUCUGAAGAACGUGACUAUGAGAGGAGCAGCUCAAGUAAAAGACAUCAAGAACCUUCCCUCCGAGAAGAUGAGGAACCUGACCAGGAGUAUUCAGAAGCCUUCCAGCCAUCUUGCAGCCAGUCCUAUAGCCCAGCUCAUAGGGAAAAGAAGUCCAAAAGGUAUCCUAAGCCUGAGAGAGCCCAUGAGACUUACAGCUAUAACAGCCAGGAGGGGAAGGGUUGGGACAGAUCUUCCCCAUUGCUCUCCUCAGAUCAGGAGUACUCGGACUACGGACAAGCUGUGUCUCCUGAGCCAAGUGAGAGCCCUCAGGAUGUGUACACAGACCCUUAUGCGUCUGAGGAGCAGGAAGAACCGACAGUAUUUCGUCGGAAAGCCAGUAAAGGCCACAGCUUUCAGGAGAAGCUGGGGGCAAGCCGGGAGAGGAACCCUGGUGAGUUCUAUGACAAAGGGAACGUGAGUCGAAGCAAAGAGCACAAGUCUUCUCACAAGAAGCAGCGACUUGAUGGCAGAGCGGAGGACAGGACCUCUGCCUUCAGCCCAGAAAGAUUGCAGAAGACCUCUUUUAAAGAGCAGCUCCGAGAAGCCCCCAUGGCAGGAGGCAGCAAGGAGAAACAGAGGAUGUCAGAUGGCACCAAGAAGGAGAAGAGCCGAGAAAGUGGUACCUCCAAAAAGGAGAAGUUGCACACGUUGCCGCACUUGGAAGAGUCUUUGGAUAACCAUGUUAAGAAGCAAAAACAUCGGGACUCUGAAAGAAGCAAAUUGGAAAAGGCCAAGCUGAGCCUGGAGACCUCUACCACAGAGCGGGAGAAACGGAAGGCUGAGAGUGACUCGUCAAAUAGGAUUAAAGAAAAGGGGAUUUCUGGGAGCUUAAAAUCUUCAGAGGGGAAGCGCAAAUCCUCUGAGGUGGACAAAAAAUCGAUGGGCUUUUCCUCCAAUUUUGGGGAGGGGGAAGCAGAGGAUGAAUUUGAACAACCUACAAUGUCCUUUGAGUCAUACCUCAGCUAUGACCAGCCCCAGAAAAAGAAAAAGAAAGCAGUCAAACCCUCUGUGUCAGCUGGUGACAAAGACCAAGGGCACAGCAAACAGAAUGGAUCCAAAGCCAGUACCAACAGCUCAAGCUCGAGUCAGAAAAGUCCAAGCCACAAGCGGACAAGUGAGAAAAGGGCAGAGAAGGAACCACCAGAGACUCCUAAACCAAAGAGGAUACUUUUAGAUGUGGUCCCAACAUUACCAGACAUCCCACUGCCACCGAUCCAGGCCAACUACCGCCCUCUUCCUUCAAUCGAGUCUAUUACCUGCUCCCAGACAAAAAGGAAAGCAGUGUCCUCGCCAGUUGAAGAGAGCGAAGCAGGUUUUACAGGCCGCCGGUUGAAUUCAAAGAUGCAAGUGUAUUCAGGCUCUAAAACUGCCUACCUCCCAAAGAUGAUGUCUCUGUAUCAGCAGUGUAUCCGUGUCCUCAGUAACAACAUUGACUGUAAGUACCUUUCCUCGUCUGCCUUAAAGCCACGCUGCCAUGCAGAUACACUGCUCUUACGUCUGGGCUUCUUUCAGGUCCUCAUUGAGGAUACAGAUCAGCUGUGGCACAACCACUGUCUCAGAGACUUCAAGAACGAGAAGCCAGAAGAGUUUGAGUCCUGGAGAGAGAUGUAUCUUCGACUUCAUGAUGCACGAGAGCAGCGGCUGCUCAUGUUAGCACGGAAUAUUGGCUCAGCUCACGCCAACAAACCCAAAGGUCGAGUGGCCAAAAUGGCAUUUGUGAACUCUGCAGCAAAGCCCCCUCGGGACGUACGAAGGAGACAAGAGAAGUUUGGAACUGGAGGAGCUCUUGUUCCAGAGAAGACAAAAAUAAAACCAGUCCUCUACACAUCCAGCAAGAGCCACACUCGUGUGAGUGAGGAGCAGUCCUAUGAUGGGCCCAGCACCAGCAGUGCCCACUCUGUCCCAUCUUCAGGUAGCACCUUCUCUUCCUGUGACCCCAGGAAACCACCAGUGAAGAAAAUUGCACCCAUGAUGGCAAAGACUAUCAAAGCUUUUAAAAACAGGUUCUCCCGGAGAUAAGUCGGCUGUGCAGAUCUGGGACUUUCCCCCUCGUUGGGGAGUGGCACAGAAGGGGGAGAAGGUCCCCAGACAGCCCUUUGCUUUGAACUCUUGGGAGGCUGCAGCUGCUGGGAGAAGCUUCGAUCUGCACAAGACGACAGCACAGUAUUUUAUCUUUUAUUCUGGUUCCUUUCUCAGUGUCAAGCCCCCC